CGUAGCCCGAGGAAGUUGGUUUUCCCCGACUGAACGCUGUCUCUGGACUUUCGACCGCUCCGCUCUCUCUACCUCCAGCGGAUUUGACGCUGUAGAACCUGCCCAUUUAGAUUGAAUUAAAAGUGGGACACCAUGAGUGGCUGUAGAGUAUUCAUUGGAAGGCUAAAUCCGGCAGCCCGAGAAAAAGAUGUUGAAAGAUUCUUUAAAGGAUAUGGACGAAUAAGAGACAUUGAUCUGAAAAGAGGCUUUGGGUUUGUGGAAUUUGAAGACCCGAGGGAUGCUGAUGAUGCUGUUUAUGAACUAGAUGGGAAGGAACUCUGCAGUGAAAGGGUUACAAUUGAACAUGCCAGGGCUCGUUCUCGAGGUGGGCGAGGAAGAGGGCGAUACUCUGAUCGUUUUAGUAGCCGUCGUCCCCGAAACGAUAGGAGAAAUGCCCCACCCGUAAGAACAGAAAAUCGUCUUAUAGUUGAGAAUUUAUCUUCUCGAGUCAGCUGGCAGGAUCUCAAAGAUUUCAUGAGGCAAGCUGGGGAAGUAACCUUUGCAGAUGCUCAUAGGCCUAAACUAAAUGAAGGGGUGGUUGAGUUUGCCUCUUACAGUGACUUAAAGAAUGCUAUCGAAAAACUAUCUGGAAAAGAAAUAAAUGGAAGGAAAAUUAAAUUGAUUGAAGGCAGCAAAAGGCACAGUAGGUCGAGAAGCCGAUCACGGUCCCGCACUAGGAGCUCUUCUAGAUCACGGAGCCGAUCACGUUCCCGAAGCCGCAAAUCUUACAGCAGGUCCAGAAGCCGAAGCCAUAGCAAAUCCAGAUCUGUUAGUAGGUCACCUAUGCCUGAGAAGAGCCAGAAAAGAGGCUCUUCAAGUAGAUCUAAAUCUCCAGCAUCUGUGGAUCGCCAGAGGUCCAGAUCUAGAUCUAGGUCUGUUGACAGUGGCAAUUGAACUGUAAAUAACUUGCCCUGGGGACCUUUUUAAAAAAAAACAAAAACAAAAAAGACAAAACAAACCAUACUUGCUAAAAAUCCUGGUAAGUAUGUGCUUUUCUGGGAGUGGGGGGUUUGGAAGGGAGGGGGGACUGGAAAUCUUUAUAGAUGUGGACCACCAAGGGUUGUUGAAAACUAAUUGUAUUAAAUGUCUUUUGAUAAGCCUUCUCCUGCUCACAUUUUUGUGAAUGUCCGAAGUGUAUAGUUAUUGUAUAUUGACUGCUCUUUUAUAACUAGAGCAACUUUAAUUUUUUUGUACUAAAGAAAUAAUUUGAACGUUUUAGUUCCUAGUUUAUUGGAAUAUGUGAGUGGCAAUUCCGAAAUUAGUUUAAUGCCUCAUAAUUAAACUAAUGGCUUUUGAACACUUGAGAUCUACAUCUGCUGUAUAUAAAGCUUAGUUUGAGUGGGGGUUUUUGUGGGGAACAAGGAUCUUGUUCCACCCACCCUUUCACACUAUAAAAGACAGCACAUUAAAGUUGCUGUUAAUAUUGAUAAUAAAAUUUGUAAAAACUG